UUAUAAAAGAUUAAAUAAUAAGAGAUUGAGAGAAUUGAGAAUAGAUGAGUUGAUGAAUUGUAAAAAGAAAAGGAUGAUGAGUUGAUGUAUUUAUAGAGAGAAUUAGAGAAAGUAACCGUUAGAAGCAAAAACUAACAAGCAAAUUGCAAAAACUAGCCGGUAAAUUAGAGCUGUAGGGAAAUAUGGCUGUUGCUCGUGCUGUGCCGGGCCAAAAUUUCGUGCCACUCGCGGGCUCGUGCCAUAUCGGGCCGCUAGCGUGCCGCUGAUUUCUGACUCUCGAUCCACCGAGAUGAGUCGUGAAUUGUGACAUCCAAAAACUAAAUACUCCGUAAAUUAGAGGCGUUAGUGCGCUACAAAAAAUGGGCUAUCAGGCCCAAAUAAAAAAAAAUAAAUAAAAAAAUAAAAACAGAAUUCUGGAGUUGUCUUAUCCCACCUCUUCAAGGCAAAACAAUGGCGGUCCGCCCUCUUCCCUGGGCUAUUAAUGGCGGAAGACCGGCUAAAAUUAAUGCUCGAAUGACAACUCCUGCUAUUCCAAGAGCAAAAUUGAUCCAAUUUAAGAAAUGGGUAUCUGAAGUUGGGUCCAAAUCUCUGAAACUUGCUCUUUCUAGCUCUCUUGCUCUUGCACUCUCUUUUAAUGGAGUUCAGUAUGCUGAAGCCAAAACAGGUGUUAAUAAACCUGAAAUGCUCCCUAAAGAAUACACUGCUGUUAUUGAUGUGGCUGGCUUCCUUUCUGCUGGGCAGGAAAAGAGGCUUGCAGAGGAGAUUGCUGACCUUGAGAAAGAUACAGGAUUCAAGUUGAGAAUCUUGGCGCAGAAUUACCCAGAUACGCCUGGGUUGGCUAUCAAGGAUUUUUGGCAAGUGGAUGAUAGAACAAUUGUCUUUGUUGCUGAUCCUACUUUUGGGAAUAUAUUGAAUUUCAAUGUGGGAGCUCAAGUUGAUCUUGACAUACCACGUAGUUUCUGGAGUCGUUUGGCUGGGAAAUAUGGAAAUAUAUUCUACUGGAAAGAACAGGGAGAAGAUGCAUCGAUUGAAGCUGCCGUUAAUGCUAUAUCUUAUUGCUUAAGAGAACCUGUUGGUCCGAGUAAUUGCUCAGAGGUAAGAUAAAUGGAACUUUCUUGGAGACCAAGGAAGAAAUGCCCUGUUUUGAUAGCUUAAAAUAGUGAUAUUGUUACAUAAUUCUUUUGGAAGUUGGUAUGCUCAUUGAAGUUUCCUGUAUGUUCAUAGAAGUUUCCUUUCCCUGUGUAAUUUCAAAAUUCACAUGCUACAAAUCAUUACAGAAUAUAUGACUUGUAAAUUUAAUUUUAAACAAACAUUUGUCUAUUGAUUAUAUUGAAUCCCAAAUUAGCAAUAUGCAAUUUUAAAACUUAGAA